CCCAUUCCUGUGCCCGUCCCCCCGUGUUGCCAUUUGUACAGCGCGGCCAACCCGGAAACGAAGCUGUGAAAGCAUCGGGGUUUGGGAUUUCUCGAAGCCAUAAAGAGGGAGAGAGUCCCCAAAAGAAGGCUACCAGCACUCCACUCCACUCCAAGCGGCCGCAGAGCUAGUCCCAUAGGAAGGACCGGAGAAGGGGAAAGUAACCAAUGCCAAUGGCUUCCUCUCGCGCCGCCGCCAGCUUCGCCCUCUGCGUUUUCUUGCUGGUCGCGGCCACCGCCGUCUCCGCCACGUCCUCGCUCGACGGCGAGAAGUCGGCGGCCAAGGGGAAGAAGGGCAUGGCGGCGGUGGACGUGGAGUGGCGGCAGGCCACCGCGACCUGGUACGGCGAUGCCGACGGCGACGGCAGCACCGGUGGCGCGUGCGGGUACGGGUCGCUGGUGGACGUGGUGCCGAUGAAGGCGCGGGUGGGGUCGGUGAGCCCGGUGCUGUUCAAGGACGGCGAGGGCUGCGGCGCCUGCUACAAGGUCAAGUGCCUCGACCACGGCAUCUGCUCCCGCCGCGCCGUCACCGUCAUCGUCACCGACGAGUGCCCCGGUGGCGGGCUCUGCGGCGGAGGCAACACGCACUUCGACCUCAGCGGCGCAGCCUACAGCAGGAUGGCCAUCGCCGGCGCCGGGGCGCAUCUCCGGGACCGAGGCCAGCUCAAGGUGGUCUACAGGAGGACUGCGUGCAAGUACGGCGGGAAGAACAUUGCCUUCCAUGUGAACGACGGGUCGACCAGCUUCUGGCUCUCGCUGCUCAUCGAGUUCGAGGACGGCGAGGGCGACAUUGGAUCCAUGCAGCUGAAGCAGGCCAACUCGGCGCAGUGGCUGGACAUGAAGCACGUGUGGGGUGCCACGUGGUGCCUCUACGGCGGACCCACGGCAGGCCCCUUCUCCGUGAGGCUGACGACGCUGUCCGCGCCCAAGACGCUCACGGCCCGGGACGUCAUCCCAAAGAACUGGGCGCCCAGGGGCACCUACACCUCCCGUCUCAACUUCGACACCACUCUCUGAUCCGAUCCAACCUUAAGGCCCGGGCCACGUUUUAUUGGCCCGGGAUAGGACGGAGCUGCUAGGUGGGGCCGCAAAGGCUGGCUCACCUGGCGGGCAGGCGUCCCGUUAGAUUGGAUGGAUGGAGUGAUUGUUUUCCGCAUGCAACUUGGUUGGUCUGAUCAUUUGUUUGUGAUGCGUACUGCCGGUAGUUGUAGCAGCUAAUAGCUGGUACAAAUGUGACUAGAUGGUAAUUUUGGAUGGGGAGGUCAGUGAUCUGGACGAAGCAGCCGCCCUCUCCAAAAGGAGAGCGAGCGUAUGCUGCUGGGAAUCCAAUGCGGGAUCGAGAGGGUUUUGGACCCCUCUUGGUCGCGUGCUUCACUCCUGUCCCGUGUGUGUGCUGUUUUCUUUUCUCUUUCUGUUCGUGUUUGCUGUUUUUUUGUCAACUCUGCUCUUCUGGUUCGUGACAAAAUGUAUCUCGUUUCUUCGGUAGGUUGGAAUGGCGAGGUAUGCAUUUGUGUAAGCUGUAACUGUGUUUGUUCACAUGGGUGCUCAACUACUAAUAUCCGUCACCUUCCUUGUGAA